UAAAUCGCUCUUUGUCAAACUUGUCAUUUUCGAUGUCAAAAUUUCGAAUGUUUUAAAUUCUAAAACUCCACCAUGACCUCGCGUAAGAAAAGUCGUCAUGAGCCUCCUUUUAUGAACAACAUCCUGGACGAGAUUUUCCACCCUGAAAAACCAGUUUGCCAAAUCAUUCCAACAGGUUGCCACAAAAAACAAGACCUUUUCUCCCAAUACAGACCCCAGCCGAAAACUUGUCUGGACUACAACAUUUCGCAAACGGAUACAAAAAUCGACGCUGGAAACACCAAAAUUCACUACCAACAAACUGUAGCCGAGUACAUUCCAGGUCUUUCGGACCCUCCACCACCCCCACCCCCAAAAAAACGGCGGUAUUUUAGUGGUGGGCCUCCCCAGUGGGAGUUUAUGGAUGAAAUAUGGAGACGAGAACAAGAGAAAAUACAACAAUAUUAUAUUGAAGUGUUUCAAGGGUUUGGGAAACGGACCAGGAAUAAUCAUCGAUACGAGAUGAUGAACAGUCACCGUAAAGCUAUAGCAAUGGUUGGACCUGCCUGGUUCCAGGAACUUUCUCCCUUACAGUUGGCCACAGUUGAUAAUUUGAAAAAAUGUAUUCUUAAGGAUUUGGCCGAUGAUACGAUCAUCAACACACAGGAAAAUAUCGCAUAUCUUGGUCUAGUUUUACGGCCAAAUCAUAAUCACAUAGCCAAAGCUUUGAAACAUUGUUGUAAAUGUCCAGUUGAGUUUCUUCUAAUUUUGUACCAAUUGAUUAAUCCCAAACGAGUGAAAUAUUCGAUAAAUGACCGACUUUUGCUAAGUGCUGUGGUCCACCUAACCAUGCAAGACACCCUAAAGGAGUUACAUAUCAGAAUACCAUCACCACCAAGACCACCAAAACAACCAAAACAAGUACCAAAAGUAAAAAAGUCGCAAAAAUACGACUCGCCAUAUCUUGUUCGUUUCACUUUUGAACGAGAACCACCAAAGUUCACAGGGAAGUACUACAACAAGCACGUUCAACGACCCCAAAGUCCUUACUUUUGUUAUUUGAAAGAACUGAGGAAAAUGCAAGAAGGGGCGUUACAAGUUGUUGCAAACGACAAAGAAAUCGAAGAAGAGUUGAUUCUUGCCCAAUCAAUUUAUGACGAUUUGGUUAAUUUUAAACCAGUCCCUAAACUACUGAAACCAUCCAAAUUUGUCCCGUGUGUCAACUUUAGGUACAAACAACAACUCAAAGCUGAAAUGGAUGAACGGGAAGAAGAAGUAAAAGAAGUUCAAGAUGAUGCUCCUUGUUAUUUGGAAUAUGUCCAUGCGGAGACAGAAACUGAAGAAAUUCACGGUGAAUGUGAGUGUCCACCUACCAACACUUGUCCUUGUGCCUUGAAAGACCAAUCAGUGCAAUGUGGUUCGAAGAAAAUUGCAAUUGAAGAAUGUCAUGAAGAAACAACUUGCUCAUGUGAAGAACCGGUCAAAAAAGAAUGUCUUUUUGAGAGUAGUACCGUUUUUGAUAGUUCGGCCAACAGCGAUUUUGCGUCGAUUAGAGCACAAUAUGGUAGCGUGAAACGUAAAAGUGUAGAAAGUGAACCAAAAAACACGUGUAAACAUGCUGAAGAUGUGGCACGUUUCGAGUGGUAUUGUGAGUACAAAAAUCGUAAACCUGAAGAGAAAAAAUCGUGUCGUUGCAAACAGAAAUAUAGAGAAGUUGUUGAAAAACCGUUUUGUCAGUGCGAACAAUGUCAGGACGAAAGAAGGAAGAAAGGAACAAUUUAUGGAAUUGCUGGAAUGAAGGAAACAGAAUCGGACGCCGUAAUCCCGAUCAUUGACCAAGUCCUUGCACAAAAACCAUGCGAUUGUUUGAAGAAAUACGAAGCUAGAAUCGACCAAUUCGAAAAAGAAAAGAAGAAACCUUGUAGUUGUCGCAGAGAAGCACAAAAAUUGAUGGAAACGCCGUUUUGUCAAUGUGAGAAAUGUAAAGAGGAUCGGAAACAGAAAGCUGAGAAGUUUAUUAUUGGAGGAAUCAAGGAAACGACUGAAGACAAUGUUCCAAUCAUUGAAGGUAUUACAAGUGAACGCCCUUGCAUUUGUGUGAAGCAAUACGACGAAAAGGCCGAUAAAUACGAAGAGUUCCAAAAACGCAAACAAUUAGUUUGUUCGUUGAAGCAACAACAAGACAAAUAUAUUAUUGAUGGUGUUGUUAGUACUCCUGAAGGUCCAAUGUAUGUCAUUUCGGGGAUGCGACCCCCAAUUGAUUGUGCUUGUGCUAAAAACGCUCGCAUGGAAGAAGAGGAAAAACGCAUGGAGGCCAUAAUGCCACAUGCACCAGGUGGAAGAAUCCGAUAUGGGAUUACUGGUGUUAAGGAAACACCCACCGGAAAUGUGUAUAUCCUUGAUUGUGCUCUACCGACCGAAGAGUGUGACUGUAUGGCUGUUUACCAACAAUUCGAAGACGAACAUUUUCCUUGUAUGGGCUUGUACGAGAGAUAUUUGGCACAAACGAAAGAUGCAUACAAUGAGUUUAUGAAGGAAAUGUUGCCUCCAAGUAGUAGACGAUCAAGCGUGACGAGUUCGGUCUUUCGUCAAAGUGUUGUGGAAGGAGUUGAAAAUGUAAAGCUUGAACCGGUUGAAGAAGAAGAAAAACAAAGUGAAGUUUCUUCACCGAAAUCUGAGCCAUGUGUGAAGGAAUCCAAACUGGACCAAGCAAUUGAACCAUGUGAAAAAAAAUCACAUCCAUGUGCAAAAGAAGAAAACAUUGAACCAAGAGAAAAGAAAUCAAAGUUAUGUUCAGCUUGUUCUCAGAAUUAUUAUGCUGCGUGUUGCAGUUGUGGUCAAGUCGAAUGUAAAGACUGCACGUGUGGAAAAGUAAUCGAGUGUGUUGAUUGCACGUGUGGUCCCGAAGAAGUCGAAGAAGAGGAAGUUGUUGAAGAGGAGGAAGAGAAACAGGAAUUGAAACGAUUCUUCAUUUUUGACAAAAUCUUGUGCAAUCGUAGGUGGCAAAAGAAAGUUCUGAAAAAAGCUUUACAAAGUAUGGCCGAUGAUGGUUACCCUUUAGCUAAACUUCCAGAAUGCUACAAGUUACCACACUUCAAGCUUUGGAUGCAAAUGAGGUGCGGCAAAUUUUGGACUCAGGACGAUAAAUAUAACUAUGUCUUCAAGAGCCGAAUCUUAUGGAGGCAUUGCGAUGUGUGCAAUGUCAGGCGUAAUCCGUCUCCAAAAAUGCCGAUCACUCUUCAGGAAGCUCAUAAGAUGAAUUGGUCCCAAGCACCUGCUAUCAGAAACAUGGCAAAUGUUGCAAUUGAGAGAUUUUAUCGCACUGUGAAACAGCACAGAGUCAAUUUUGGCCGUGAGUUUUUCCCCACAACUUUUUCCUACGAAUUUCCUUUUUCGACGUGGAGAGACUGUUAUUUUGCUUACACUCCUUCAAAGGAAGAAGAUGUUCUAGCACGAUUUGUGUGGCAAAAGUACGAUUUUAAAAAUUUUGCCGACAUGCAAAGGGCUUGUGGUUAAGUAAUAAAAUGGAAUUUGGUUUGUCUCUAUUGUUUUGUGUUUUGGUAAUAAAUAAAUUAUGUGGAAAUGAG